CGUCCUCUCCUCGUAUGCUCGGUUGCUCGCGGCUAGAGCGUCUCUCCUCUUGGGGAGCCGCGUGUGACCUUCCCGUCUGCGGACCAAUGUUGCCGGCGGUUGCUCGCCCCUUGUGGGGGCCGUGUCUCAGGCUCCGAGGCUUCACGCUCCGCUUCGCCAGGCAACAGGUGCCAUGUGUCUGUGCCGUGCGGCUGAUGAGAUGCAGCAGCCAGCAAAGGGGGGAGGCCCUGGCCGGCGCACCCCUGGAUAAUGCCCCCAAGGAGUAUCCUCCCAAGAUCCAGCAGCUCGUACAGGAUAUCGCUAGCCUCACGCUUCUGGAGAUCUCAGACCUCAACGAACUCCUGAAGAAAACACUGAAGAUCCAGGAUGUGGGCCUCAUGCCUAUGGGGGCCACGGCUCCCGGUGUCGUCCCUGCUGCAACAGUGCAGGAGGAAGAAGACUUCCCCAAACAGAAAGAGCGCACGCAUUUCACAGUGCGCCUGACUGAGGCCAAGCCUGUGGACAAAGUGAAACUGAUCAAGGAGGUCAAGAACUACAUUCAGGGCAUCAACCUGGUCCAGGCAAAGAAACUGGUGGAGUCUCUGCCCCAGGAGAUCAAAGCCAACGUGGCCAAAGAAGAGGCAGAGAAGAUCAAGGUGGCCCUGGAGGCGGUGGGUGGCACCGUGGUUCUGGAGUAGCGACUUGGAGGAUUUAUGGACAGCGGUCCCUGGACCCACUAUGCUCAGCAGGUGGGGUGGCUCCAGAGCUUUAACUGCAGAUUGUGUACAGCUGAUGGCCAAGCCCACCGUGGGACAAAAAGGGACGAACAUACGGAGACAGACUGGGAAGGGUCAACUGCCCUGUCAUUGAUGGGAGGACUCCAGCCACCUCCCACCAGCCCUCUGGUGUCCUGGGAGAGAAAUAUAUCCAUGAGGUGGCGCCUGCCACCGAAGUGUGUGUUGGGGGGUGGGCAUUGCGACCCCCUCACGGCUGUGGGGCUUGCUCUUGGCCUCCCAUCUGUGGCCAGCUGUCCACUGUGAAGGUCUGCAGGUGGUCUUGACCUCUUGUGGUUUCAGCUGUAGGGUGGCCACAGCUGGGAGCUUGGAAGGUCACCAGUGACCUGUUUCUCAAUAUUAACUCUUUAAAAUAA